AAUCCGUCCACAUAACGUUUAGAGCAAAGAUGCAGACAAACAUAUAGCUUAGGCUCGGCUUGAAGAGAAGCAAUAACUGCUUGAAACGGAGAAGAAUCCGUCAUCAGCUUGUCCUUUUGGACAUUUUUCCACAAGUGUGAAGAUGCGGCUUUCAUACGGCACUCUUUUUCUUCUGACAGUCUUUUUGAGCGUAGGCAAGAGUACAGCUAAGGGUGUAGGUUGCUCAGGGUCUUCAUGUGGAGGAUGUGACUGCAGUGGUGUGAAAGGGGCGAAGGGGGAGAGGGGGUUCCCUGGUUUGACUGGUGUUAUUGGAUUCCCUGGAUUACAAGGUCAUGAGGGCCCCCCAGGGCCAAUAGGACCAAAGGGAGAUGCAGGUGUGCCAGGAGUUCCAGGCAUGAAAGGAACCAGAGGCCCACCUGGUGUUGCUGGUUUCCCAGGACAUCCAGGUAUUCCAGGUAUUCCAGGACAAGAAGGCCCACCUGGAUCUCCAGGAAUCCCGGGCUGUAAUGGAACGAAGGGGGAGCGUGGUUUUGAUGGCCUUCCAGGCGUUCCUGGACUGCAGGGACCACCAGGUAUUCCAGGUUUGGAAGGAAUGAAGGGAGAUCCAGGUGGUUUAACUAGUGUAAUAAUCCCUCAAAAAGGAGAAAAGGGCUUUCCAGGACAACCAGGUUCAUCAGGACCACCAGGAAAUCCGGGACUACCAGGGCCAAUUGGCCCACCUGGACCAGUAGGACAUCUUGGAAGACCUGGUGAUCCUGGCCAAAAGGGAGAGCCGGGUGACAAGCUGACAUUUAUUGGGGAGAAAGGACAAAAGGGAGAAAGAGGUUUAUCAGGUCCUCCCGGUCCACCUGGAAGACCAGAGGAGGUCGAAGGCACUGGCGCAAUUUAUAUUCCUGGACCACCGGGUGAGAGAGGCUCAAAAGGAGAGAAAGGAGACAAGAGUUUCUGUGUACCACAUCAACAUGGAAUCAAAGGUGAACCAGGACCACAUGGACCACAGGGGAAACCAGGAAAAGAUGGACAGAUUGGAGAAAAGGGGGAAAGGGGCUUUCCUGGUAGUCCUGGGUUUGAUGGCUUGAAGGGUGACAAAGGAGAAAGAGGACCUCCAGCAUAUGUCAAUGUUCUUCCGGGGGUUCCUGGUCCUCCUGGCCUUCCUGGAGCAGAAGGAGAGAGAGGUUACCCUGGGGAGCGUGGUGAUCCUGGUCCUCCAGGAAGAAAUAUUCAGGGCCCUGUUGGACCUCCUGGCUUCCCUGGAGAGAUUGGCCAAAAGGGAGACAAAGGAUCUGAUGGACUGUCUCUUAGAGGACGUGAUGGAGCUGAUGGACCACCCGGACCACCCGGGCCUCCAGGAGAAAUCAAUGAUGAUUGUGUUAUUGCAAAAGGACCUCCAGGCCCCCCUGGACAUCCAGGGUUGCAAGGAGAGGUGGGACAGAAAGGUGACCAAGGUGACACAUGCACAGAAUGCACUGCUUUCGGGCCCCCAGGUUUGCCUGGUCCCCAGGGGCCAAAGGGUCAACAAGGUUUUCCUGGAGCAGCAGGGAGUAAAGGAGAGAAGGGUGUGGCAGGACCUGCUGGGCCUGCUGGAAAUCCUGGUCAGGGUGGCUCUCCAGGUUUAAUGGGUGCCCCUGGUGCUCAUGGUGAGCCUGGCGAUAUAUUUGUGGCACCAGGGCUGAAAGGCGAUAAGGGGUUACCAGGUACUAUUGGAAGCAGAGGAUCUCCAGGUCUUGAUGGGCUCCCAGGAAAAGAUGGCAGACCAGGGCAACCUGGACCCAAAGGAGAGCCUGCUAGAGAAGGUAUUAAGGGUGACCGUGGCCAGGACGGUGAUCCUGGUAUAACUGGCUUGACAGGUGAGAGAGGUCCCCCAGGUCUUCCAGGGAUAGGUCGGCCAGGUGAACCUGGAGAAAAAGGCACUGCAGGGUUUCCUGGUGCACCGGGAAGGUCAGGAUCACCAGGACCUAAAGGUGAAGCUGGCAAGAUUUUAAGUUUACCUGGACCUCAGGGAGCACCAGGGCCUCGUGGAGAGACUGGCAGACCUGGUCUUCAAGGUGAUAGAGGUCUUCCGGGUGAAAUUGGAGUUCCAGGAUUCCCAGGAAACAAAGGUGACCCUGGACUGCCAGGAAUUGGACUUCCUGGGCCCCCAGGGCCAAAAGGGUACUCUGGGAUUCCAGGUGCUGCUGGACUUCCAGGAGAGCCUGGUCGUCCUGGCAAGGACGGCUUCCCUGGUCGUGCAGGGACACCUGGGCAAAAAGGUGAACCUGGUAGGGGUCUUCCAGGUCCUAAGGGCUCCAUAGGCCAGCCAGGAGUGCCAGGAUUUCCAGGGGAGAAGGGCAAUCCUGGAAUGACAGGGGUUCCUGGAACUGAGGGACGUACAGGGCCACCAGGGCCUCAGGGAAUUAAAGGUGAUGCCGGAUCUCCAGGAGUUCAUGGUUUGGUGGGGCCACCAGGUCCUCCAGGGCUUGGAGAACCUGGAUCACCUGGACCAAUGGGACCACCUGGAGGCCCUGGACCUCUUGGUCAGACAGGUAUAAAGGGAGAAAAAGGUCAUCAAGGACUACCUGGUCUGGACAUGCCAGGCCCACAAGGAGACAAGGGUAGCCCUGGUGUUCCAGGGCUACCAGGAUCUAAGGGUUUGCCUGGGCAACCAGGAAUUCCUGGAAAAGAUGGCUUCCCUGGUGAGCGUGGUCCAAAAGGAGAAAUUGGUGUCAUGGGGAUGACAGGACCCCCUGGAUCGCUAGGUUUCAUUGGAAACCCUGGGGCACCGGGACCAAGAGGUGACCCGGGUUCGACUGGGCCCAGGGGACAGUUUGGUGACCCGGGUCCAAAGGGUGAGAGAGGAGAGCAAGGUCUACAGGGGCCACCUGGAAACAUGAGUGAUGUGGACAUGGAGCACAUGAAAGGGGAGAAAGGAGACAUUGGAGAUAGGGGUGAUCCUGGUCCUUUGGGAGAAAAGGGUAAUGCUGGAAACACUGGGGACCCUGGAAUGCCAGGAAAGGAUGGAAUGCCAGGAUCACCUGGACAGCCAGGUGACAAAGGUGACCCUGGUAUGCCUGGGGUGCCAGGACGUUUUGGAGAGCCUGGAGACCCAGGUCCAAGAGGAGACAUGGGAUAUCCAGGUCAAAUGGGGCCAAAAGGCACUAAAGGGAUUGGUGGGUUACCGGGCCACCCUGGAUUUAAGGGUGUUGAUGGCUCCAAAGGAGAAAAAGGAGAUCCUGGUCAGGCAGGAAUAGGAAUCCCUGGUCCCCCUGGAGAGAAGGGAAAUAUUGGUGCCCCUGGUUUCCCUGGUGAACCUGGACAUAAGGGACAGAAAGGUACAAUGGGAAUUCCAGGUACUCCUGGAAGUCAAGGACCUAAAGGAGACCUGGGACUAAUUGGUUACCCAGGCAAUCCAGGGAAGCCAGGUGAGAAAGGUGUCAGUGGGUUGCCUGGGUCUCCAGGAGAACCUGGGUUUUCAGGACGUCCUGGUGAGCCUGGUCUACAGGGUCCUCCAGGUCCACAUGGGGAGAAAGGUGAACCAGGAGUAGAUGGCAUUCCUGGAUUCACUGGAGAGAGGGGAGAACCUGGUGUACCAGGGAAAGGAUUACCUGGUACCAGCGGUCAGCCUGGCAGCAAAGGUGACAAAGGAAACCCUGGUCUUCCUGGCAUUCCCGGCAGUCCAGGUAUUCCCGGAAGCAAAGGAGACAAGGGUCUUCCUGGAUUCCCAGGGGACCAAGGUCGGCCUGGAGAGAGAGGUCUUCCAGGAGCAUCCAUGGAGGGUCCGAAAGGGGACAGGGGAGCUUAUGGGGAGCCAGGAGAAAAAGGUACAACUGGUGAUCCAGGCCCACCUGGUAUACCAGGCAAUGCUGGAGCUAAAGGAGAAAAAGGAGAUGUGGGCUUUCCUGGCCCACAAGGCUCUCAAGGUUAUAAAGGAGACAAGGGUUCCACUGGCAUCCAUGGUGAGCCUGGAUUGCCUGGCUAUAAUGGACCAAAGGGUGAGAUGGGACAACAGGGUGUUCCUGGAUUCCCUGGUAUAAAGGGUGAGCAAGGAGUGCUUGGACCUAAGGGUGAGGGUGGUGACAGAGGAUUCCCAGGGCUUAAGGGUACUGAAGGCCCCCCUGGACCACCUGGACCACACACAUUUGUAAAGGGAGAUCCUGGUUUUCCAGGACCACAAGGUCCCCAAGGUCCACUUGGACUCCAAGGCUUCCCUGGACCGAAAGGAACACAGGGCAUGAUGGGACAUCCAGGUUUAAAAGGAACUGACGGGACACCUGGCUAUAAUGGACAUCCUGGAGCCAAAGGAGAGCCCGGACAAACUGGACCCUCUGGCCCCAGAGGGUACCCUGGUCCCCCAGGGCCUGACGGUAUCCCAGGACAUAUUGGCCCUCCUGGCCCUUCAUCAAUGGAUCAUGGCUUCCUGGUUACCCGCCACAGUCAGACCAUUGAAGUUCCACAAUGUCCAGAGGGAACCACGCCGAUCUAUGAUGGAUACUCCCUGCUUUAUGUUCAGGGCAACGAGCGAUCACAUGGGCAAGACCUAGGUACAGCUGGUAGCUGUCUAAGGAAGUUCAGUCCUAUGCCUUUCCUCUUCUGCAACAUCAACAAUGUAUGUAACUUUGCAUCUCGUAAUGACUAUUCCUACUGGCUCACCUCUCCUGAGCCCAUGCCCAUGAGCAUGGCCCCUGUUACCGGUCAAAGCAUCAGACCCUUUAUCAGCAGAUGUGCUGUAUGUGAGGCUCCUGCUAUGGUGAUAGCUGUGCACAGUCAGACCAUACAGAUCCCACCCUGUCCUCAGGGUUGGGAUUCCCUCUGGAUUGGAUACUCUUUCGUCAUGCACACCAGUGCUGGUGCUGAGGGUUCAGGUCAGGCUCUGGCCUCUCCUGGCUCUUGUCUGGAGGAAUUCCGCUCUGCUCCCUUCAUCGAAUGUCAUGGUCGUGGCACGUGCAACUAUUAUGCCAAUUCCUACAGCUUCUGGUUAGCCACCAUAGAUGACAACGAGAUGUUUACGAAACCUGUCCCUACAACACUAAAGGCUGGAAAUCUGCGAACUCACAUCAGCAGGUGUCAAGUGUGCAUGAAGAGGGUAUAGAGAAGCCUCAGCAUUGCAUCUGCUCUUUAUGUUCCAGUUUUACGAACAAACAACAAAAAAUGUAUGGUGCUACUUCAAAGAAAAGCCAAUGGAAAAACUUCAAGAACACAUACAGAAAACAUACGUCUCAGCGUUCUCCAGUAUAUAGCUAUUGAACCUCAAGAUCUGCCAGCACAUUUGCUUCAUACAGAGCGCUUAACUAAUUGUUCCAUUGUGUCUAAAGAAUGACACCUGUUUACACUUGCACUGAGUAUAUAUCUAUGAGUAAGCAGGUAGCCAUCUUGAAUAAGUGUCUAUAUGAAUUGGAUGCUAUCCCAUCCAGACCUCCUUAUGUUUUUCAUCUUUAUUUAUCAUGCCAUUCAAAAAUAUCCAAAGCAAAUAUCCUGUUUAUUUCUAUCUUUCUAAAUUUUAUAAUCAACUGUCACUAACAUUAAAGAUUUGGAUAAAUAUUUUUUCCAUACUUCACUGUCAGUAAGUUUGUCAGCACCCUCUUUGUAUGAUGUAGGAAAGGCAAAGUUCAAGCCUUGUUGUAAAUAUAGUGCUCUAUUUAGUACUAAACACCAUGUCACCAUAAUCUUUUCAGGUAAAAUGCAAUUGAUUUUGUUAUACUUAAUUAUUUAUGAAAAGUUAUGAGAUGAGAGUUUAUGCACCAAGGGGCCUUUCUCUAUUGAUUGUUUGUUUUCUCUCUAUUAACCACUGCGGAAUACCAUCACAGCACAUAAACUGUAAUAUUCUGCACUGUUUUCUAUUAUCAACUUGUGAGCUUAAGACUAAAACCUGCCAUGUUGAAAUCCACUAAAUGUUUUUUUUUAAUUUUUUAUUUUUUUUUAUGUAUGAUCAUGUGAGCGUGUGUUUACAUGUGUGCUCGUAGGUGUCUGGUCUGCCUGCCUUUUGAUGCAGAAAUUACUCUUGUGUAAAAGCACAGUUUCAGUCAGGUGGAUAUGGCUUGCCAAAUACUUUUCCAUGAGGCCAUUUAACCUCUUAAAGCUGAAGUAUGUAAUUUUGUUGAUGUUGCUAUACUUUCUCCUAUCCCAGCUUAAUAUGCAAAGACAAAUGUAAGUACGCCAUUUGUAGGUUGAUUUUCUGAAAAGUGUCAAAUCUGUGGUGCAGUCAAAAACAUUGCUUUGUUUGUUUGAGCAGCCCGGCACAGCAACUUAUGCUGAACCAGUGGUGUGAGCUUGGGGCGAGACUAUCCGUUUGUCCAACCAAUGGGGGAGUGCUCAGGAAACCCAUUUGAAGAUAAUCUUUGUUUUUGCAAUUCCGUUUGGUGACGAUUGUGGCACAGAUAUUACACACUUCAGCUUUAAGAACAGACUCUCUUUUAUGUUGCUAAUGUCUAUCUCACGCCUAUUCACGAUUAAAAAUAUUAAAUCCCUUGAUUAUCUUUCUAUACAUCUAACAAAACUAAUCAGAAAUCAGAUUUUGAACAUACAGCAUCUUCAAGGGCUCUACCAAGUUCACUUGAUACCCUCAGUUGCCUUGAAAACUUUGUUAGGAAUUCAAGCUAAUUCAUCUUGUUUGUUUGACAUCUAAUUUGAUAUUCUAUUGACUUGAACUCAUCAACAAACACAACUGAUUUGAUUCCUACCAUGUCUUAAAUAAACUUUAAGCCUCUUCGCAAUAGGUUUAUCCAGAAAAUAGAGUGUGUUUCUGAAGUAAACAUGUUCUCUCAUGCAGAAUGAGAUGUUGUGAUUUAUUUAAUUUGAACAGCAUCUUCUUGCUUCUGGAUGUCAUUAUAUGUUUCAAGUUUCCUUUGUUGUCUUAAUGCCAGUACUAGACCAAAGAACAUGUACAUGUCCGCUUGUUGUGUUUUUAUCAUUUACACUGAUAAUACUUGACUAUGCAAUCCACACUACUUGCUUCUACAGAAUUUCCCUUGUAUAUGAAAGCUCACUGAAGCUGACCUUUUUUUAAAGUCCAUUCAAUUAAAGCUGUUCCUCUAUUUCAGUAAAAGGCAAAUAGCUAGUUGUGUUUAAAUUUGAAAGUGCCUUUAAUGAAUUCAGUUGUGAAAGUUCUCGGAUAUGCUCUAAAGCCCACACACUCUGCUUGGCCUGCCUCGAUCUCUCUGUAGUGUCACUGACCUCGCACACCCACUGUAGCUGUGCAUUGUUGUAGCCAUGAAUGUCCAUUUCUAAUAUUAAGAGCUCUUAUGCUUUGCUAUGAAAUAUGUUGAAAAAUACCAAGGUUGAGUGAAAUUUGUGAAAAUACGUUUUGUUUUUUUUUCAGUGUCAAAUUAUUUUAAUGAUGUCCUCGCUCCAUACUGUCAUACAAUAAAACGUUUGUAUAAAUGUG